AUGGACCAGGGGAGGAUGUCGCAGAUGAGGGUCAGCGCGGGCAGCGCGGGGUGCGUCGCGGCCUCGGCGAGGAGCGCGGGGGCGAGCGGCAGCGAGGAGGGCGGUGCGAGCAUGUCCCAUGCGAGGGUCGUGUGCGGGGCGACGAGCGCGGGGUGGAUGCGUACCUGGCUCGCGGCGUACGAGAGCGAGUCGAACGAGGAGAAGGACGCGAAGGACGCGGGGGAGUCUGGCACGAAGGGCUGUUUCUGUGGGAGCUGUUGCGCGUAUUGCAGGUGGGGCGGUGUGGUGGGCCCGGGGGAGGAUGCGAGGGACGCGUUGGAGAGGGCGGGCGAGGGGGGGAUGUCGAAGUGGACGCGUUUCGUCGUCGCGGGCAUCGUUGGGGAGGAGGGGAUGUGGUUGAGGCUGAGGUUGAAAUCGAAGGCGGGAAGAUUAGAUUCUAUCACAACAAGUGGCAGAGAUCUCAGUGAAUUCGUCACGCGUCAAUUGGAUAUGACUCAACAUGUCCACCAUCAAGUCACAACGCCCCCCUUCCAGUCGUGCUACCCCCUUCGCUUUCUCCCGAAGAAUGGCCUGUGUGGGCGAGCAGAUCCCCUGGGCCAGCUCGAGUCGCGGGGAAAAGAAAGCGAGCGAAAGAUCGACUUGAGCCUCAGACAUCUUCCCGCUUUGUUACCCCGGAGAGAGCCACUCCGCAGCGGUGAGGGACGGUCGAGCGGCCAGCCCGGACCGUCCGCUACGCGCGCUACGUAUACGCAGCUCGUCGAACUUCCAGUCAGUGUCACCACAGAACGUGUCUUCCACUCCGGCCUUGCAGUGAACCCACCCGCGACCUGCCCCUUUGGGCUAGCUCUCGGUCCCCGCUGUGCCCCGCCGCCCAAUCAGCAGUUUCAGUUUGUUCCAACCCCUGGCGCGGCGGCCUCCGGCGCCCCCCGCUCAAUUUCAUCGCCGCGGCGCGCUGGGCGUGAUCGAUGCUUUGGCCCUGUUACGUUCCAAUUCAGUGCAGCGUUCUGCCAUAUACGGUCAUUCGGUGUCACCAUCUGCUUCCACGUCAUACAGUAA